AUGUCUGCUAGACCCUACACAGAGCCCACGACAUCCUCACCUGCUGCACAGACCUCAAGUACUGCUUAUCCCUUAUCUGCUUUUCUUUCUUAUUCUCGUUUUUCACCUUCUCACAUUACUUUUUUAACUGCUCUCGCUACUUCUGUUGAAUCUUCAUGCUAUUCCGCUGCCCUUUGCCAUUCCCUCUGGCGUGAAACUAUGUCUACUGAACUUAGUGCCCUUGAGGCCAAUUCCACCUGGACCCUUGAGCUACUACCUCUUAGUAAGAAACCCAUUGACUGCAAAUGGGUAUUUAAAAUCAAACUUAAGGCCGAUGGUUUCGUUGAAAGAUACAAAGCACGGCUGGUUGCCAAAGGCUAUACUCAAGUUGAAGGUCUUAACUACCAUGAGACAUUUGCUCCUAUUGCCAAAAUGACUACAAUUCAGUGUCUAUUGGUUGUUGCUGCUACUCAACAAUAG